UGCUCGGUGGUGGCUCUCUGGGAGAUGAUCAAUGCACGUGAUAGUCCACGCGAGCUUUAAUUUCCUUUACUUAGAUGUGCUUUGAUGGUCUUAAAUUAAGUGAAUGGUGUGGAGAUGCUGUGGAGGAAUAUGCUGGUGCGCAAAGGGAGUCUCCAUCCUUCUCCUCACAGAGUGGAAACCGGGUAUGUAGCCAGAGCACCAGGGGCUCUCAGGAUAACGCAUCUUGGAAGUUAUGGUAUUCAAAUGAUUCUCUACUUCAACUCUCAGUAAAGCCUCAUAGAUGGUAUUUCUCUGCGCGACUUCGUGGAUUUGGUUCGCUGAGGACCAUCUGAAGAACAGGCAUGGCAGUGCCAACUAUGGUGUUCUCUGACGUGGAAAGUUUUCUGGACUCGCAUCCCGAGUUGUUCGAGGACUACCUGAACAGAAAGGGGAAAUAUAGCAUGGUGGAGAAAUGGCUCAAGAAUCACAAGGCGAGCAAAAGUUCGGCGGCCGCAGCUCCCGCCUGGCCGAGAGAGGAGAAGAGCAACGAGUGUAAGGACAGCUGGGCGAGCCAACGCGACGGCCUGCAAAGGAGAGUCUCGCAGAAGGAGCUGCGCAAAACUUUCGCCAGAUCAAAGGCCAUCAAUGUGAACAGGACGUACGACGAACAUGUCAAUUCCAGGGCCCAGGAGCCCUUGACGAGCAUGAGGAGGAGAGCUCUGCUGAGGAAAGCGAGCUCUCUGCCCCCGACCACUGCGCACAUACUGAGCGCACUGCUGGAGUCCAGAGUCAACAUCCCCCAGUACCCGUCCACAGCCGUGGAUUUUAAGUAUUACCUCAAAGAACACAACGAAAGAGAGUUUUUCCUGGAGCUCGUGAAAGACAUAUCUAACGACUUGGAUCUAACGAGUCUCAGCUACAAAAUCCUUGUGUUUGUUUGUAUUAUGGUCGACGCAGACCGGUGCUCAUUGUUUUUAGUGGAGGGAACAGGCAACAAGAAGACACUGGUGUCCAAAUUCUUUGACGUGCACGCAGGUACCACUGUUUUACCCUCAAUUAACUCAGAUGAAGUUCAAGUGCCGUGGGGGAAAGGAAUCAUCGGAUAUGUGGCUGAGCACGGAGAGACAGUGAACAUUUCUGACGCCUAUCAGGAUCGUCGGUUCAGUGAUGAAAUUGACAAGCUGAGAGGGUACAAAACCAAGUCACUCCUGUGCAUGCCCAUUCACAACAGUGAUGGAGAGAUCAUUGGGGUUGCUCAGGCCAUCAACAAGACUUCAAGUGGAGAACUCUUCACUGAAGAUGAUGAAAAGGUGCUGCAGAUGUACCUGCCUUUCUGUGGUAUUGCGAUCUCCAAUGCCCAACUCUUCGCCGCCUCAAGGAAGGAGUAUGACAAGAGUCGGGCACUCUUGGAGGUAGUCAAUGACCUGUUUGAAGAGCAGACGGACGUGGAGAAGAUUAUCAGGAAGAUCAUGCACCGUGCCCAGACAUUGCUAAAGUGCGAGCGCUGCUCUGUUCAGUUGCUGGAGGACAUUGAGUCACCGGUGGUGAAGUUCACCAAGUCGUUUGAGCUACUGUCCCCUAAGUGUAGUGCAGACAUUGAAAGCAGUUUCAAAGACAGUAUGGAGAGGUCGUCUUACUCAGACUGGCUCAUCAACAACAGUAUCGCAGAGCUGGUAGCGUCCACAGGACUCCCCGUGAACAUCAGCGAUGCCUAUCAGGAUCCUCGCUUUGAUGCUGAGGCAGACCAGUUCUCAGACUUCCACAUCCGCUCUGUGCUUUGUGUUCCCAUAUGGAACAGCAACCACCAAAUCAUUGGUGUCGCCCAAGUGCUGAACAGGCUCGAUGGGCAACCGUUCGAUGACGCAGACCAGCGUCUCUUUGAAGCGUUUGUGAUCUUUUGUGGACUGGGCAUCAACAACACCAUCAUGUACGACCAGGUGAAGAAGUCCUGGGCCAAGCAGUCUGUAGCUUUGGAUGUUCUGUCUUACCAUGCCACUUGCUCCAAGACUGAAGUUGACAAAUUCAAGGCUGCCAACAUUCCCCAGGUUUGCGAGCUGGGCAUCGGUAAGCUCUCCUUUGAUGACUUCUCCCUGGACGUUGACGCCAUGAUAACGGCCGCUUUGAGAAUGUUUACGGAGUUAGGAAUGCUGCAGAAAUUCAAGAUUGAUUAUGAGACACUAUGCAGAUGGCUGCUGACUGUCAGAAAGAACUACAGAAUGGUUCUCUAUCACAACUGGAGACAUGCCUUCAACGUCUGCCAGUGCAUGUUUGCAAUGCUAACGACAGCGGGCUUCCAGGAGACUCUGACAGAGGUGGAGACCUUAGCGCUGAUUGUGGGUUGUGUCUGCCAUGACUUGGACCACAGGGGCACCAACAACGCUUUUCAGGCAAAGACGGGCUCAGCCCUUGCUCUGCUUUAUGGGACCUCUGCUACACUGGAGCACCAUCACUUCAACCAUGCCGUUAUGAUCCUGCAGAGCGAGGGUCACAAUAUCUUCUCCAACCUCUCGUCCACAGAGUAUGGGGCCCUAAUGCAGCUGUUGAAACAGUCCAUUCUGGCCACAGACCUCACACUUUACUUUGAGAACAGAAACACCUUCUUUGAGCUGGUCAGCAAAGGAGAGUACAACUGGAAUCUGAAGGCGCAUAGAGACAUGUGCAGAUCCAUGAUGAUGACAGCGUGUGAUCUCGGUGCUGUCACUAAACCAUGGGAAAUAUCACGCAAGGUUGCAGAGUUGGUGACCAGCGAGUUCUUCGAGCAGGGCGACAGAGAGAGAUCAGAGCUGAAGCUCACACCCUCUGCCAUCUUUGAUCGAAACAGGAAGGAUGAAUUGCCAGGACUUCAGCUGGAGUGGAUUGAUGGAAUUUGUGCACCGUUAUACGAGACUCUCGUCAAGUUGAAUCCCAAACUUCAGCCGAUGGUUGACAUGAUCAAAGCUAACAGGGCCAAUUGGGAGGAACUGAACAAGAAGAGACAACGUGGCCAGAGUGUUUCUGCACCCUCGAGCCCCUGCAGUGGAGACAGCACAGACACAAUCGGCUGCACUGUGGCCAAAACAGGCAGCAAAACCUGCUGCAGCAGCAGCGAUGCUGACGGAGCACCAUCUAAACCAGUUAGUUAGCUACUGAUGCCAUCUCCAAGCUGAUCUAUUAGGCUUACCUCCUCUUAAACGCAGCCUGCAACCGAGGCAGUGCAUGCAGAGGUUCUUGGGCUCUGCUCGUCUUCGCUUUUACAGCUAGAGAUGAGCUUUAGACUUGAGUGCAGCGCUGUCAUAGAGGUUUUUCUGCCACCUUCAGUCUUCCUGUGCUGAAGGCUGACCGAGCUGUGUUUGGCGGGCUUGUCGGAGCGGCUACAAAUCAGCUGAUGACACCACGUCAGCAAAGGAAACUCAAACCAAUGUGUCAACCUGUCAGCCAGCGAGUUAACACUAAUUAUUCCGGGCAUUGGACAGAUUUGUGGGCACAAGGCAUGGAGAAUAUGAGAGGAAUGUUUGUUUCUGCUGUGGUUCGUCUUGCUCUCGGUACCUCCUCAUUGCUCGCAUUUUGUCCGGGGUAACAAAGAUAUUUUUUGUAAAUAUAUACAUAGACUAUUAAGUUGUUUACAAGUGCUGUUUAAGAACCUGUAAGCUCUGGCUUGUAAUGUGGCUGUAGAGUUUCUGAAGGAUAAAGGAGUACAGGAACAGCAGGACCUGUGACAAUGCUUGCAAUGCAAAUUGAGUGCUCCGCUCCCUCCCUCCCUGUGCCUUGUUUUAAGAGCCUAUUGAAAAAUGCAUGGCCUCCUCACCGAGAUUCUUAGAUGGAAAUCCAAGUUGAACCAUGACUUUUAUUGCCAUAAUUUAUGAAAAACCAAUGACUGCAGCUCUGUCUUGAUCCCAUGUCAGCCACAAAGCAUUAACAUUCUAUACAUAAAGACAUCUAUUUUGCCCAAUUUUAUAAAUGCAGGGUCCCACUUGUCACACACACACACACACACACACACACACACUAAUACACACACAAUGUGCCUUGAUGAAGUUGUGCUGACAUCAAUUCACUUCUGCAGAAAUUGCAUCUGCUGAUUUAACACAGACAGCUGAAGCAUACGUUCAACUAAAACACCCUAAACUAAGAGUAGUUGAUAUUUGAAGAAAUACACUUACCAUUCUAUUAUGUGUUUGCAGGCAGCCGAAGGUAAGCUCAGCUUUGCACAAAGACAGAAAACAGGGGGAAAAAGCUACCUGGCUCUGUCCACAAAAGACAUUCAGUUUACUGUCACAGAGGAGUAAAGAACUUAGAAAUGAUUCAUAUUAAAGAAGCUGGAAUCUGAGAGUUUCGUCUUUUUUGUUGUCAAAAUAGUCUAAUAUUUGAGAACUAAUCGAUUCAUUGUUGCAGCUCUAGAUAUAACAUGCUGUAUAGUUUGAGAACUUUCAAGGUGCUGGUAGGUGGAUUUUGAUACCUCUGGAUAGAGUCAGGCUAGCCGUUUCUUCCUCCUUCCUGUCUUUAUGCUAAGCUAAGCUAACCAGUAGCUUUAUUUGAAAGUGGCAUCCUCCAAUCUAACUUGCCGUCAGAAAGCGAAUAAGUGUAUUUCCUCAAAUGUCUGACUUUUGCUUUAAUAGGAUUUAUUUUCUUCUCUCAAAUCUCACAAAUGCUACUUAAACUGCUUUUAUGAUUUCCAAAAGAAGACUGAGACACUGACACUUAGUACUGAAGUGCCCAUAUUAUAGUAUAAAAGUAUUAUUUUCUGGGUGGGGGUUUGCCUUAUGAAAUGUGUUGUAGCUUUGUUAAUUGGAGUUUAAAACGUGACUGUGCACAUUGUGUGGCAUGGAUCUGUACUCUACUGUAUUUUAGUUAAAGAGCUGAAUUUAACUCGACCAGAAACAUUUUGAAUUGCAUGUUUUAUGCAGUAUUAAAUUCAACCACUUGCUAAGGAUGUAGCAAACAUGUGAGCCAACAAAUACCUCGUAUUUUGAACUUCGUCAGUAAACACAUUAUCUCAUCGGAAAUGCAUGAUUUAAAUUCUAUUGCAUCAUGUAACGUGAAUUAUGGAUAUCGCUGUUCUAUUUUUCUAUUAGGUCUCCAAAUGUGGCCAAACUACUUUGUCCUUUUUGCAAUGUAACGUGCUUCUUGUAUUUCUUCUUUACUCACCCAUGUUUGGACUGUGGAUUUAUUUAUCAGCGGGCUGAACUGAAAGAAACCUCGGGCAUGAAAAGGCAA